CUCUCUCUCUCUCUCUCUCUCUCUUUCUCUCUUGAUCUCUUGAUUCUGAUUUCGAUGUAAACACCACGACACGCUUCCAUCCGGCUCCGUUCGUCGCUUCGCGCGGAUACCGCGGCGAGACGCCGCGAUCGCACGAGCACGAACACGAGGAUCGGCGGUAUCCCGUUGUCAGUCUUCCGCCGUGUGGCGACAGCGUGUAGUGGGUUAGCGUUUCUCGUCACGUUGUCAUCCUUAUUGUUGACGUGUCGUAACGCCGUACGCUCGCGAAGUGCCGCGAGUGCGCGCGGUCCGGCAGCGAGAUCGGAGUACCGAAUUCUUGAAGUGUUCUUCGUGCGAUCGUCGUGAUACCACCAACUAUCGAUGCUUGUCGACGACGAUUGACUCUGUCUUUUUCUCUCUCUCUCUUUUUCUCUUCUUCAUUCACCGCACGGGUCCAGCACGGAUGAUCUACGGAUGAUCCACGGAUGAUCCAACAUGGCGUCGACCGAUCUGUCGUUCGGCUCUAUACCGGCGUUCUACAGAGAAGUCUACGAGAAGGUCUGCUCACCCACCAGCGGAAACGUGAAGCUCGAGGUAUUCAGAUCCCUCCUCGUCAAGUCGCAGCUAAGCGGUUCCGUCGUCAAUCAGAUAUGGAAGCUAGUAGACAGCAAGACGGGUUAUCUUACGAGAAGCGGACUUUACAAGGGUCUCGCUCUUGUCGCCUUUGCUCAGCAAGGAAAGCAACCGAGCGACAAACUGCUGGAAAUCUCCGAAUCCCAAGAAUUACCCGUCCCCGCUCUGGGAGAUCUGUCGGAAGUGACGCUUCUGGCGCAGAGGCUACAUCGAGGCAAUCCCGCAAAGUUGAGUCACACCUACUCGGACAUCUGUAAUCUGGACACUAUUGAGGUCAAUCUUGUUCCCGAGAAGAAGGGCAUCUUUUUGAAGCAUGUGGAGUAUCAAAUCACCAGCAAGAGGUUCAAUUCUGUGGUCUACAGGCGUUACAAUGACUUUGUGUCAUUAUAUGAUCUACUUCUGGCUCGGUUUCCUUAUAGAUUGAUUCCCAAGUUACCACCAAAAAAAAUCGUAGGAGCGGAUUCACAAUUUCUCGAAGAGAGGCGACGUUCUCUCCUACGGUUUCUCACGUUGAUCGCUCGUCACCCAGUGGUCAGCGACGAUCCGAUCGUCCAGUUCUUCUUCACGUACACCGGCGACGAGACGCAACACAAGAUCCGCGAAGUGUUCAGGCGUGUGCCUGACGAAUUCGCCACGUCCGAGCUGUCGUCAAGGGCGAAGGAGCUGAUGCCACCAGAGACGCUGACCGAAUUUGCGAACAGUCGCGAUCAGAUACGAGUGAUACUCCUCGGGAUCUCCCGACUGAAGCACAUCGCCGACAGCUUGGCAAUCAGAUCGCAUAAUUAUGCGGUGGACAUGGCCGAGCUUGGCAAUCAGUUGAGCACUUUGGCUGCGGAACAGCACGGCACCGGUACCUGGAUCACCGGAGGUUCUAGUCUUUGGCAAGAUAUGAAAAAAGGCUUUCACGUAAUCUCGAAAGAAUUUAACCUGCUAUCGACUAGAGCGCUCCAACAAGCGGUCAGAGAGGAGACUACGGUUUGCGAAAGGCUGAAUCUUCUACUCGAUAUUUUAGUCGCGCACAGAAUGUUGUGCGAGAGACACGAACGAGGUGUCAGCGCCGAUCAUCAACGCGCCCUGUCGACGAUGCUGUCUCUCAAGAAGCGGCAGAUGCAAGGCGUUAUUCGCGGUACUGAUGCCGACACUGUCGAAUAUCUCGAGAACAAGAUGGUCUCCCAGGAGUCCGUGAUUGCCAACGUCGAGCUGAGGAACUGCUUCUCGUUGCUUUGCUUGCACAUGGAGACACAACUCGUUCACGCGCACCUAGAGAUACUCGCCACCGUUCUACAGAGUCUCGUGAGCGUGCAAGUUCGCGGACAUUCCGAGAGGUCUCGUUGGCUGAGGUGUGGAAACUAAUCGAACCGACGAUUACAAAAUGUUUGCCAGAGAAGUUAGCAAGUGGGUCCAAUGGAGGAUAGCACAGUGACAAAGUUUCAUACCGCGACAGAUCAUGCGUUAAAUAAUUGUAUACCGAAACUUGUAUACAAUUCCUAGUAAAUGUGACUACUGAAGCGAAAUAUCGUUGAAGAGAAAAAGGAGAAAGGUUCAAAAUUUUCAUUCUAUUUUCAUUCUAUUGAUUACAUAGAUUCUCUACUGAUUAUAAAGUUUUGCAGCAUUUGUGUAUCCUUUGAUUAUCAGAUGUAUUCUGCAUGAUAUUUUAAAUGAAGAAUAUUUAUCUUUUAUUAUUAUGUAACGAUAAGAAGCAAUCUCGAACAUGUAUACCGCGUUCAAGUUUUAAACAUUCCUUGUUGUGUACUUAAUAUAUUUUAUGAAUUAGCUAAUACGCAAAUGAUAUUUUCUAAUUCUCUAAUAACUCUGCUAAAAAUUUUAUUUUUUUUUGCAGUUUGGAAAAGAAGAACAAUUUCUUAUAGUUUUCUCAUAGUUUUUUGUCCGCCAAAUUUAAAUCCGCAAAAAA